CUCGCCGCGUCACGGGGGGGGGAGAUGAGAGAGCGCAGCCUCUUCCCCUCAAGUCGCCCUAUCCUAUGGUUCCGUCCAAGCCGCAGCAGAGACCGCUUCGAGCGCGGCCGAGACAGACUGAAGGUUGUAAGUUGGUGGCCGCAAGAGCUCCUUUCGCCUCUGAGGAACCUCGCCCUCUGAUUUCCUUCCACCCAGCCCCGCAGGAUCCGCACAAGGGAUGGGCGACGGGGACAAGAAUCCAGCCGCCGUGCCCACCCCGGUGGUUGACGUUCAUGGAGACGGGCGGUGGAUGUCCUUGCACCAGCGCUUCAUCGCCGACAGCAAAGACAAGGAGCCCGAGGUCGUGUUCAUCGGCGACUCUCUGCUGCAGCUCUUACAUCAGUUUGAGAUUUGGAGGGAGCUGUUCUCCCCCCUCCACGCACUCAAUUUCAGCAUGGCGGGGGACGCGACUCAGCACGUGCUCUGGCGCCUGCAGGACGGGGAACUGCAACACAUCCGGCCAAAGAUUGUGGUCGUCUGGGUGGGCACCAAUAACCACGGCCACACAGCGGAGCAGGUGGCGGCUGGCGUAGAAGCCAUUGUGCACCUCAUCAAUCAGCAGCAGCCGCAGGCCCGCGUGGUCGUCUUGGGCUUGCUGCCGCGAGGCAAGAACCCCAACCCGCUCCGGGAGAGGAACCAGAGGGUGAACGAACUGCUGGGGGCCAAGGUGCCGCUGUUGCCCAACGCCACCUUCCUCGACGCCGACCCGGGCUUUGUGCACUCGGACGGGACCAUCAGCCACCACGACAUGUACGAUUACCUCCACCUGAGUCGCCACGGCUACGCACGGUUCUGCCCGGCGCUGCACCGGCUGCUGCUGAGCUUGCUGGGAGAAUGCAACGCCAAGGCCUCUUGACCGCCCUGGUUCCUGCCUGGCAGGGAUAGUGGGGGGGGCUCCCCUUUCUAGGCUGGGGGAGGGCCGGAGGCACCUCCGGGGAAGCCGGAGCACACAGCCCACCUUCAGUCUUCCAGAAGGGCAGAUCAUCCGUAUGUUCUUCUCCUUCACCCACCUGACCAAAUUGGAUUACUUCAGCCUGGGCGUUCAGUUCUUUAAACAGUUUAAAGCUGCUGGGCGAGUGGGGUGUGUGUGUGUCAAGCACGUUGGCGGACAAAACGCCAAGAGGCUGAGCGGGGAGCGAGUGGGAGCAAACUUGCUUUUGUUUACUUAAUAAAAA